AUGCAGAAUCAACAAAAAGUAGUAAUUGAAGGAAUCCAAGAUGAGCAUAAAAAGAAUACAAAUUGGGAGGAGUUAAAAGAGAAAGAUCAGGCAGCCUUACAGUUGUUGUGUAGUGCUGUCUCAGAAGAAAUUCUUAGUGAUUAUUUGUUUGAUACUAAGACCUCAAAGGAUGCAUGGGACGUGUUAAAGCUGAGAUUCGAAGAAGAUUCAAAAGGGUCAGUGACACAAGCUGCAAAGACAAAUAAUCAACAAGAAAGUUCAUUCACUGGCACACAUGAUCAAGAUGAAAUUGAUAAAGAUAUUUGGGUGAUAGAUAGUAGAGCUACAAGUCACAUGGUCAAUGACAAAAGCUGGUUCACUGAAUUAGGCACUAAUACAAGAGCCUGGUUAAAUCUGGGAAGUGGUGAGAUAGUUCAGACACAAGGAAAAGGUACUGUCUCUGUAAUAACAGAAUCGGGAAAGAGGAACAUGAAGGAUGUCCUUCUAGUACCUAGUCUAACUCACAACUACCUAAGCGUGCAACACAUGAUGGAAAAUGGUUGCAAAGUCAUGUUCAAAGAGCUAAGUUGUAUAAUUACGAAUCAAGAAGGAAAACAGAUACUGGAAGCUCCUAUGUCUGAUGGAUGGUAUUGCAUUAAGUUCGAGAAACCAAAAGAAGAAGGGCACAAAGAGCAGAAAAAGAUAACAAGACCUGAAGUUGUUGAUAAAGGCUGUGAAGAUGCUGAAUCUGUAAAACUGCAAAAGAAAGAAAAAGAACAGUCACUAAGGUGUGUGACUGUGGGACUAAAUGAUCUUACAGAGAAUCAUGAAACUCAAGGAAAUGAUACGCAUAAGCAGAAGACUGGCAAUGAAACAAAGAAGCAAGAAGUCAUGAAUGACUUACUAAAAUGCACUUAUGAGGGAGAAUCAGCCAAUAUGCCACAAAAGAAACAUCAACCUUUGAUGGAAGACUGCCUGAAACCAAAAUUCAUAAAUCAACAAGUUUUCAAUCCAAGCGAAGGUUUUGAAAAGAAGGUCUACAAACUUGUUGGUCAUCAAACCAAGAGGGAGAAGUCUGAGAUAAAAGGAUACAUCCAUGAUGAAGCCAAGGUUAGAACAGAGAAAAGUUUAGUCACUAUCAAGAGAGAAACUGAGCUUAUUGAUGGAAAAUGUGAUGACACAAGUCAGAGAAUUGAGAAGCUCAAGACGGGGGUUAAAGAAGAUACCAAACAGAGAGACAAAAGCUUAGCUAAGAAGGAACAAUGGUUUUUUGAAGAUGCAGCUGAUAUGGGCGUAAAGAAAGGUAAUGAGAAACAAGAGGCAGAUGUGGGGAAGGCUCACGAAACUGCAAGGCAAGAGAACAACAAUGGUUCUCAGAAUCGAACAAAGUCAAUGAAUACAAGAGUCGCAGAGAAUCAUAAACAAAUUGAAGAAAAAGAGGUCGAGUUACCGUUGAGAGUAGAGGAGAAAACAGACUUUAGCAAGAGUGAGAAUCAAUACUUUGAUCCAACCAAAUGCCUAUCGCAUAAGACUGUUCAGAGAGGAGAGAUUCAACGAUCAGACCAAAUCAAGCAAAACCAGAAUGAAAGCAAGAAAGAGGUAAGGAAUUUACCUUUAUUGAUUGAGUUGAAAAGCAUCGAGAGAGAGCUCGGAGAUAAGAAUUCUACACAAAACAAUCUGCAAGAAAAAGACCCUGAGAAAUCAGUUGAGGUUGAAGAGAGACAGAGGGAAGGUAUUAAGUGCAAGAGGGAGAUUGAGAUAAGGAAACUAUCUUGGUGGGAUGAGCAGAAAAUCAUAGAGAAAGAGAUUGACAUGAAUCUCGCACGAAAGCACCUGCACAAAAGGGAGGUUCAAGUCUUAGCUGAGAUUGAUAUAAAUCAGAGACAAAUCGACAUGGGAAUCAAACAAGAGGAACGGUUGAUUUCGAAAGAAAAUGGAGAAGAUAUGAAGAGAAAACAGAUUGAAGAGAAAGUUAGAAAGAAGAAUCAAGAGGGAGAUCAAUUCCUUAAGAACAAGAGGAUGAGUGAGAGGAAGAUAAAGAACUCACACGCAUGGGGCAAGCUGGAUUUCGUCAAAGAGGAAAUUAAAGACAUAAACUUCGCACAAAAGAACCUGUAUAAGAAGAAGUGUCAAAAAUCAGCUGUGAUGGAAGAGAGACAGCAGAAAUUUAAGAAGAAACACAUGCUAGAACUGAGAGGAUCUACAGAAUUUGGAAUGAUGAGGGAGCUAGUGAUGUUACCAGCAAGGAUAACAAAUAUUGUGAAACAAAGUUGUUCAUGGAGCAAAAGGUUCUUUGGAGAAGUACAAGGUGAAAAAGGGAUCAAAUCCCUGGAUUGGAAUUUGGGAAUUUUGGGGAUUAAUCAAAAGAUGAGAGAGGGAGUGUUGGAAUCUCAUCAUUGA